AUGGAUUCUCCAUCGAGCGCGACGCCGAGCCCGACAAAGGCCCUCAAUCCCCUGUCACCAGACCGGAUGAACCAGCAGAUCGGACUUGGCUCACCCUCAAUGUCAUCGGAUAUUUUCAACAUUCAGCGGAAGACUCCCCGGGGACUCACCGAUGUACAGGCCAAGGUCGCGUAUCUGAACAACUUGUCGCGAGGAAACAGCCCCGCACAGGGUUCACAGCCUUCAGCAGCAUCUACGGCAGCUCUCCAGCGGGCUAUUCUUGGGCGCGAAGAGGCUGAAUCGGCGUUGGCCAAUGUUUCCGCUCAGCUUUCUGAAGCCCAGUCGCGGGAGCGUCGGAUAAGUGAAAGACUGGAGUCCCUGCUGGAAGAACUGCAAACAACAAAAGAACGCCAGGCCCAUGAGCGAUCAAUUUUCGAAAAAGAAAUUAGGAAGGCAAGGAAGGAAGCUUUUCGAGCUGGCUCCGUUCUGGUGAAAACACAGGAGGAGCUGAAAAACGCAAGAAACGAAGCAAAAGGAUACAAAGACGAGGCCCAGGCAGAGCGAGCAGCAAAAGAACAAGCGAAACAGGAGGCUUUUGAACGCGCUUAUGCUAUUGCUGGUCUCACGGAGGAGAUGGAGGUCCUUAAAGAACAGCUACGGGCCGCCGAGGCCAACAACCACUCGCAGAAGCUCGAAGCGCAAGCGCAGCAGAAGAAGAACGAUAUUGGACGAAUGUCGCUGACUGAAGGCGAUCUCAAUCUCUUGUUGACACCUACCCCUCGGAGACCCAAACGUUCUGCUGAGGAAAUAGCCAACCCGCCUCAAGCCAAUGUCGCUGAAUCUUCACCGGUCAAGGAUACGCCUCCCAAGAGGCAAAGGAUGUCAGACGUAACUCCUAGAAAGGAGGCCGCGGAGAUCACGACACUCGAUGUACAUGAGGAACAAAUUGCUGAGCUGGAGGAGACCCUCAGGUGCGAGCGUCAACUCAGAGUCGACGCCGAGGGAAUGCUCGAAUUCUUGCGCCUGGAGUGCCAUUUUAAACGUUGCACUUGCCGCUUGGCAGAGCAGAAAAGCGUUCCUCAUACCCAUGAACCGCAAAGCGUGGCUACGACGAAAAAGGAUGAGCUGGAACACCCGAAACAUCGCAAAAAUGACCAGAACGCACUUGCUGCACCAGAGGAGCCAAGUCCGUCUCAUACUCCUAAAGGCGAGCCUAGAUAUGAUGUUGACGAUGACGACGACGAUGAGCCUCCGGAGGAACCUUUGAUAACAUUCUCACCUGCCACUGGGACCUUCCACACCUUCCCUUCUCCUGUACGAGGAUCUCCCCGAAAGGCCAACGAGGCUACUGCAAACGAUCAUCAGUCACCAGCAGCCUACCCUGAACACGGAAUAGACGCCCGUGUGAUGUCUGGUAGCCCUGCCCCGAAGUAUGGGUCUCUUCAGCGCCAGGCUCCGUUUGAUCCUAUAACGGAUCGUGAAGCUACUCCGAAAGCCCACCCCUCGCCAGCGGUUGUUGAUGUGCCAUGGGAUCCUGUGAUGCCCAUUGGACAUGAAGCCGGCACCCCUGAGAGGCACAAUGACCCCACGAAGGUUCCUCUGCGCGAUGAUGGGGGAUCAAAUCGCUUUUCCGACGUUCCUGGGACCCCCAUCAGCCGAGAAGAAGCACUGGCUCAGAUUAGAGCGCGGAGAGAGAGAGCAAACACCAUGAAGAGGUCUGUCAGUGCCAGUGAAAGCGGGCUCCGCUCGGGAGGCAUGGGAGUUACUCCUGUCCGGAGCGCUCGACGGUACCCUGGCGUCCAGAAUCCAGAUGCAAGCGACGGUUCCAUCAGAAGUCGGAGGGAUAUGAGCGCUCCUAUCCAAAUGUCCCACUACUGAAACCGCCGUCUCGUCACUGGCUGAACAUGACAGCCAGGUUCAGUGCGCUUGACUCAACGAUCCAAAACCAUCUCUCAUUCCUCAUAUUCUUGGUUAACGACUCAACUCUCUCUUGAUACCCUGGUCCUCCGAGCGAAAUGGCGUUUUUGUCUUUUUGGAUGUUGAUUUUUGUUGGGCAUAAACGGUGCUCUCUUGUGUCCAUUUCUUCUUAUGCCUGUUGCUAAAAGCCAUGACCAUUACUUAUUUCCCUCCUGCAUAUAUCAAGAGGUUGAUUUUCUCCCACUUGAUUGCUUUGUUAUUCUGGUCCUUGCUAUUAUUUUAUCCCAACUCCAUGGCGAAUGAGCAUCGCUUAUCAGCCUUGACAUUCUCUUAGAUCAUUCUCUACUCUCCUUUGUCUAGUGAUUUUUUUUGAUCCUUUUUGCUUGAUGAUCCCACCCUUUUUUGUAUAUAGGUUGAUUUCUACGAUGCCUGACUGGUGGAUUUCA